AUGAAUCAGGAACGACAAGGAGAAUUAGGGUUAGGUAUUUCGGGAAACUUUGAUGAUGAUAAUCAAAACAAUGUGAAUAACCCGGAAAACGUUAAUAACCCAAGGAACCCGAAUAACGAAGGAGGACCGCCGGUUGUUCCUGCAAGACCAGUCCGUGAUGUGGCAGUCCCACUUACAGCCAACCUGGCAUCCAGGAACCAAGGGUAUGAGGGUGAAAUGUCUAGAAAUUCAACCCAAAAGGUUGCAGAGAUCUUAGAUGUACACCAAGCUACUGACAUAAAUGCCAAAUUAGAUGCAAUGCAACAUAACAUUACAUUGCAAUUUAAACAAAUAGCUCUAAACCAGGCUUCGAGGGGCGGAGUGCAACAAAACUAUGGUAAUACUUACAAUCCCAGUUGGAAGAACCACCCUAACUUCUCGUGGGGUGGUAAUCAAAACCAAAAUCAGACACAAGGGGUUAACCAAUACCGUUCUCAAGGGGCUGGGCAACAGUACUACAAUCCUAACCAAAGCUCAAAUACUAGUGCACAAAAAGGGGGGAUGACCAAUGAAGAGCUACUCCAAAAGCUCACGACUGAAAUAGGGACCAAAUUAAAUGCUAGAAUAGAUAAGCAGGAUGAGAACAUUAGAAACAUCCACAUGCCCCAAAUGAGUUUAGAGAAACAAGUUGUGCAAGUGGCCAAUUCUCUGAACUUGCGACCCCAAGGUGGGCUACCCGGUGAUACUGAGCCCAAUCCAAAGCAAUUGCAUGAGGGUAUACUGAAGUAUGCUAAAUUCAUGAAGGACAUAGUGGCUAGCAAGAGGAGGCUCACGGAAUAUGAAACCGUAGCACUUACUGAGGAGUGCAGCUCAAGGAUUCAAAACAGACUACCCAAAAAGUUAAAAGAUCCGGGCAGCUUUACUGUACAGAUUACAAUUGGGCAGAGUGUUCACGCCCGGGGGUUGUGUGAUUUCGGGGCUAGUAUAAAUUUGAUGCCCUUAUCUUUGUAUCUAAAACUGGGGUUGGGUAGUCCAAAAAGAACCACUGUUAUUCUUCAACAUGCCGAUAGAUCCAUUGCUAGGCCAAAGGGGGUGGUAGAAGAUGUGUUAGUGCAAGUAGGUUCAUUGAUUUUUUCGGUAGAUUUUGUGGUAUUAGACUUUGAACCCGAUCCUGAAGUUCCAUUCAUUUUGGGUCGUCCUUUUUUGGCCACGGGUAAGGCAUUGAUUGAUAUAGCAGCUGGUCAAUUAACCAUGAGGGCACAUGAUAAGGUCGAGGUAUUUGAUGUUUACCGCGCUCUAAAAUUACCUUCUAUUUAUGAAGAAUUGUCUGCUAUUACUGUGGUUGAUCGCCUAGUAGAAGCACAUUCAGUUGUGCCUGACGACCCAUUAUGA